UAUUAAUCACUUGUCUACACUUAUGCACAGCAGCCAAAAGUUUUAUAAAAUCUACAACGACCACCACUACAACAACAACCGAAAUUUCUACAGAUGCUGAAAAUGAUGAGCAAACAACAGUUGCACCAUCAAGUUCGACGAAGCCGCCACUUACAGGUAUUCCACAAAUUGAUUAUAUCUGGGAUCCAAAUCUUCCACGUGAGUUAAAUGGUUAUAAUCUGACUGAUUAUCCAUUCCUGGUGACAACUCCUCCCAGUGAACAGAUCUCAUUUAAAUGUAAUGGCCUUCACGACGGAUUUUAUGCUAGCGUCGCAUAUAAAUGUCAGCUAUACCACCACUGCCUGUAUGGAACGCGUUACGACUUUCUAUGUGCAAAUUUCACAGCAUUUGACCAAAAAACAUUCAUAUGUCAUUUUGCUUCAGAAGUAGACUGUGCUAAUUCACACAAAUAUUGGGGCAGAAAUGAUGCGUUGUAUAAGGCAACAACCACAACAUCUACAACGACGACAACUACUCCGGCUCUGCAACGCAACCUGCUCCAAGACCAAAUAGUCGAAGGCGAAGACCGCUAA